AGACGUGUUGUUUACAUAUGCAGUAAUGUCCUGCUGCUGUCAACGCUAGCAUAGCUGAGAGGAGUGAAAUGAUUUCAUUAAGUUAGCUAAUUUGCCACAAGGACAAGUUAUUGCUGUCGUGUGACAAACUUGUCAAGUAGUGCUUGAGAAACAAACCUAAUCUGUGGAACUAAAUGGCGUCGGCAAACGAUCCGUUUCAGUUUAAGGAAUUCGAAGAAGCCGGCAGUCUAUUGGAGGCCAACAGAGAUGCAGUCACCAUCAGCAUCCAGGAUGAAGAUGUGAAAUCUGACAAACAGAGAAAAGCUGGUGCUAAUGGUUAUGAAGAGGACCCACUGACAGAUGAUGACAGCACACAGCUUCUCUCAGGGCAAAAGGAAAGUGCCCCUUUCUGGACAUUUGAGUACUAUCAGAAGUUUUUUGAUGUCGAAACUCAUCAUGUAAAGGAAAGAAUAAUCGGCUCAGUGCUUCCAUGGCCUGGGAAGAACUUUAUUCAUGUCUACCUUCGUCGAAAUCCUGAUCUUUAUGGACCAUUCUGGAUUUGUACCACUCUUGUUUUUGCCAUUGCCAUCAGUGGAAACAUAUCCAACUUUCUGGUGCAUUUAGGCAAACCAAACUAUAAGUAUACACCAGAGUUUCAAAAAGUGACCAUAGCUGCAACAGCAAUCUUCAGCUACGCUUGGCUGGUUCCUCUUGCACUCUGGGGUUUCUUGCUUUGGAGAGGCAACAAGAUCAUGAAUUUGGUGUCAUAUUCCUUCAUGGAGAUUGUCUGUGUAUAUGGAUAUUCUCUGGCUAUUUAUGUACCUGCAGUGGUCAUUUGGAUUCUUCCAUUUGAAUGGUUGAGGUGGUUCUCUGUCGUGGUAGCGCUCUGCCUGUCUGGUUCGGUUCUGGUGAUGACAUUCUGGCCCACAGUCAGAGACGACCACCCCAAAGUGAUGGUCGCCACCAUGGCAGCUAUUGUUACAUUGAACGUCCUACUGGCUGUUGGCUGUAAGGCAUAUUUCUUCAGCAAACCAGAACCAGACCUACCUGUUACUAAAUCUACUCCAACAGCAGGAAUAAAAAUACCCUCAACAUGAAAACGGCAAGUUUUUUUUCAAGGUUCUCCUGUUGCCUUAUUAGAGAGAAUCAGGUUGCUCCUUUCAUGAAGUCAUGGGUCGUCUGGAUUUCAAGCCGCACUUCAACGUUCUGUUUCGGACCUUAAACUCGGUGUGUCGCUCGGUUCAUCUGUGUGACCUUUGAAAAUGAACACUCGUACCAAGUAUGUUAUUUCUAAUGGGAUGGGUUCUAAACUUCCUUAGAGAUCAAUGGGGUAUGGUGUUACUGAGCACAGAAGAUCUCAUAUAGUAUGGUAGUUUUUCAGCUUUACACUUAUCUGUUCAAAUAUUUAGAUAACAAGUCUUGUGUAGUAAUCUUGUGGGUAUAAGGCAUUUUGUAUAUGAUUUUUUUUUAAUUAGGUUAUUUUGUACAAUGUAUGAAAAGUGCUUCUAGUAUUAAUGGCAAAAUAUUUAAAGAUGCUGUUAAAAUAGUCAAGGUGUUGGACUGAUUCUGUACAUUUAGAAAACUGAAGUGCCUAAUGCCAAAGAUGCAUCCUAAACAUGUAAGGUCAGAUGGAUUUAUUACGUGUCUAACUACUUUUGUAAUUAGUUGUCAUGGUGACAAAAUGCAUUUUAUAUUAUGUAAAAAUUAUGGAGUUCAUGUCUGUUUUCAUGGGGACAAAAUAAAACCUGGUCUUUGUGGGA